AUGCGGUCCAGCAUCGCCUGUGCACGCUGUCGUCGCAGCAAGAUUAAAUGUGUCAAUGCCGGCAUCGACACCACCUGCCGCGCCUGCGAAUCGUCCGGCCGAGAAUGUGUAUAUCCUACGCCAGCCAUCGGUGUCGGUGGAGCUGCUGCCAAGCGGGAUCUCGCUGCUUUGGCGGAUGGAGAUGAUCGCAAUGGAGACAUGGAUGGCCCGAAAAGGCAACGGCCUCGCAAGUCUGUUGCAGUCUCGUCAUCCGCAGCGAAGGAUGCCGCCAAAGGAACCCUCGAUGUGCUCGAUUCGUCCAUCUUGACGGUUAAGGUCUGGGAAGCUGUGUUCGACUUAUUCCAAUCACACUUUGCGACUAUUCUACCUUUCCUGCACCCUGCUACCUUUAUGGGCCACAUUCGACAGCUGUCCGGCCCUCAGUCAUCCUCAUCAUCUACCGCCCCUACAAAUCAAGAUAAUUCCCGAGAAAACGCUCAAAGCCCACCGGCGGCAAAAUCAGAUUUAAGUCCCUUGAUCCCCCUCGGAGUGCUUGCUCUCACCGCUCGUUUCCAUCCCCAACUUGUUGCAUACCACUCUCCCGCAUCCCCAGGAAGCCCUUCCAAUCCAGCUCUCGCAUCCGAGUUCUAUGCGACAGCACUGCGCAGCCGGCUGGCCGGUGUGGACGGUGCCAGCCUCGCCAUAACCGACUUGACCCGUGUGCAAGCAUUGUUAAUGUUGGCGCUCCACGAAUGGGGCAUGUGUCGUGGUAAGAGUGCCUGGUUAUAUGUGGGCAUGGCCAUCCGACUGUCCCAGGCGAUGGGUCUUCCCUACGAACUAGAGAAUGAUGUCUUCUCACGAGAUGGCCCCAGAUCACCUGCGUUUAGAGCGGAAACAGAUCUCUUCGGCAUUUCCCGACGUGGUAUGGAGCCAAAGGAACAAACGUCCGAUGAUGUUAUCGCGCAAGAAACUAAGCGACGCACCUUUUGGGCGUGUUUUAUCCUUGAUCGGUGUUUGAGUAGUGGUAAAUAUCGCCCACGCAUGAUCCGAGUCAAGGAACUGGGCAUUCAGCUACCUAGUGACAACGCAUUCGCCUUUGGAGAGCGCGUGCGUACCUCGCGCCUGAGUGAGCCCGUGGUUCGCCGUCCGCAGAGCUUUGGCGCGCAGGGUGUCCAGAUCCCUAGUAUUCGUCAGAGUCUGGGGGGUUUUGGUGACGACAAGCUUCCCAAUAAUAUCACCCCUGACCCAAAAUCUUGGUCCCCUAUUUCUCGAAGAAAGGACUCAAGUGAGGAUGAGAUUGAUCGCUGGGAGAUUGGCGCGGAGGAGGCCGUGUUGAGUCGAGUCAUCCGCAUUAUCCGCAUCUGGGGUAGUAUUGCAAAGUGGUCCUGCGCUGGUGGAAGAAGAAAUGAACAAUUACCCCCAUGGCAUCCUGACUCUCAGUUCUCUAAACUUCGCUCAAUCUUGGGUGAAUUCCAGGAUGGACUGUCCCGCAACCUUCAGUACUCAACACGCAAUACGGAUACUCAUAUCAUGUACAAGACUAAUCUUUCCCCCUACACCCUGAUGCAUGUGGUCUACUUUCUCUCGGUACUCGUCCUUCACCGCGCCUACAUCCCUUUCCUUCCUGUACGUUGUGCAGAGCCCGUUGGUCCUCUAGACGACCCUCUCUUUCCCGGCGAAAAAGUGGGCGUACCCGAUGGUUUCUGGCGCGAAAGUGCUCGCGAGCUCUUUGGUGCCGCCCGGCAGAUGAUGGACCUGGUUGUAACCUGUCAGGACCGAGGUGUGCUCGUCGAGAACCCAUUGGUGGGCUUCGCUGUUUACAAUGCUGUCUUCAUUGGUAUCUACGCAGCACACUUUCCACACAUGGAUCCGGAAGGCAUCCUUGGUUCCAAAUCUAAUUCGGCCGGUGAUGGCAAUCAACAGGGCCAGGGCCAGACUCGGAAAGCUCUUGAUAUUCUUCGCGAGAUGCGGACACGUCUCAAAAUGGCACGUGGGUGGUUCCGUACACUCAACCGACUCCAUAGUUAUUUCUCCAAGGUCAAACAGGAUUUCCGCCGGCACUCCCGCAAAUUAGACUCGAUCCCGGAGGUUAUGGACAUACAAACCAAUGGUCCCCGACCUGUCCGUGAAGGUGGAGUGGGUGGCGGUCUUGAAGAAUUCAAAAUGCUGGAAAAGUUGUUCCUUGACUUUGGUUCUAUCGAAGACCAGUUACCAGAAAACGGCGGCGAUGAGGAUGGCGCGGCAGGAGUCAGUGAUCGUGUGACCAACAUCAGCGACGCCGGCAGCAACACUCUUCGCAGUGAUCCAGGAGAACCUAUGGAGAUGCCGCUAGAUGGCGCCGGUGGACGCCGUGAAUCCUGGGUACCCAUCAACAGUCCCGGUAUGCCCCUUCCUGGACCAGAUGGCGAACGACGUCCUAGUCUCCCAUUACCUCCCGGCCGGUCUUUGCAAUCCCAAUCUCCGUUCUCGCUUCCAUCGCUGCAGCAUCACCCGGAGGGGCCCCUCUAUAACAAUUCAUCGCCUACCCUUCCGGCCAUUGGACCGGCUGGUUCCUACGGGGCUCCGCCCGCCACAACAGCGGGUGCAACCUCGUCACAAUACAGCACAGUUGCAUCCCAAUCUGGCCGUCUUCAGCCUCUAAACCCAUGGUUGGGCCCCCGCCAGCAACCGCCACCACCACCAUACUCUCAGUCGCUACCCCCCAUUAAUGCCGCCGCAUCGCAUGGUCUGCCGCUGUUGCCACCUCCCGGCUCGGCGCACCCGGCCGCCUCACCCCCAGCGACGGUAGAUGGGAUGGACAGCUUCACCUCAAAUAGCAUGUGGUCUACGAGUCUGGGUGGCGAGGACGUGCUGGCGUUUCUGGAGGGAUGCGAGUACGAUCAAAUUCCGGGGAUCAUGCCAUCGGACAACGGACUCUCGGGCAGUUGGCUCAGCACCGUCUGGACCGAAUUCAGCCGUUGA